AUGAAAGGCACAGAGUUGUCUUCGCCCAAUUGCCACGGCGCUCUUUGGCUUCAUCCUCUUUCCGACAGGGUGCAAAAGUGUCGAGCAGCCUUGCAGAGAUGUCCCCCCGGUCAUUCUAAUCGAUCAGCGUCUCUCUACAAUCUUGCCAACAGCCUUCAAAACAGAUUUAAGCAGCGGGGCGUCCCGUCUGACCUUGAUGAGGCCAUCGAGCUCCAUCGGGCUGCACUACUCCUUCGUCCCCCCGGUCAUCCUGAUCGAUCAGCGUGUCUCGACAAUCUUGCCACCGGCCUUCAAACCAAAUUCAAGGAGCGGGGCGUCCAGUCUGACCUUGAUGAGGCCAUCGAGCUCCAUCGGGCUGCACUACUCCUUCGUCCCCCCGGUCGUCCUGAUCGAUCAGCGUCUCUCAACAAUCUCGCCGCUGGCCUUCAAAACAGAUUCGAGCAGCGGGGCGUCCCGUCUGACCUUGAUGAGGCCAUCGAGCUCCAUCGGGCUGCACUACUCCUUCGUCCCCCCGGUCAUUCUUAUCGAUCAACAUCUCUCAACAAUCUUGCCAACAGCCUUCAAAACAGAUUCGAGCAGCGGGGUGUCCCGUCUGACCUUGAUGAGGCCAUCGAGCUCCAUCGGGCUGCACUACUCCUUCGUCCCCCCGGUCAUCCUGAUCGAUCAGCGUGUCUCGACAAUCUUGCCACCGGCCUUCAAACCAAAUUCAAGGAGCGGGGCGUCCAGUCUGACCUUGAUGAGGCCAUCGAGCUCCAUCGGGCUGCACUACUCCUUCGUCCCCCCGGUCGUCCUGAUCGAUCAGCGUCUCUCAACAAUCUCGCCGCUGGCCUUCAAAACAGAUUCGAGCAGCGGGGCGUCCCGUCUGACCUUGAUGAGGCCAUCGAGCUCUGUCGGGCUGCACUACUCCUUCGUCCCCCCGGUCAUCCUAAUCGAUCAGCGUGUCUCAACAAUCUUGCCAACAGCCUUCAAAACAGAUUCGAGCAGCGGGGCGUCCCGUCUGACCUUGAUGAGGCCAUCGAGCUCCAUCGGGCUGCACUACUCCUUCGUCCCCCCGGUCAUCCUGAUCGAUCAGCGUGUCUCAACAAUCUUGCCAACAGCCUUCAAAACAGAUUCGAGCAGCGGGGCGUCCCGUCUGACCUUGAUGAGGCCAUCGAGCUCCAUCGGGCUGCACUACUCCUUCGUCCCCCCGGUCAUUCUUAUCGAUCAACGUCUCUCAACAAUCUUGCCCUGAGCCUUCAAAACAGAUUCGAGCUGCGGGGUGUCCCGUCUGACCUUGAUGAGGCCAUCGAGCUCUAUCGGGCUGCACUACUCCUUUUCCUCCCCGGUCAUUCUGAUCGAUCAAUGACUCUCAAUAAUCUUGCCCUGAGCCUUCGUAACAGAUUCGAGCAGCGGGGCGUCCCGUCUGACCGUGAUGAAGCAUUUAAGCUGUAUGUGCAACUCUCCUACCUAUCUCAUGCAGUCUCCCGUAGGGAUCUUACUGCUGCCAAGUCAUGGGCCACCUCUGCCGAAGAGACGAACCAUGACUCUGCAUUACUUGCCUAUCAAACUGUGUUGAAAUUCCUAGAUCAGCAUGUUACUAUGUUGCCGUCUUCUCCAGAUUUAUUUGAUGUCGUCAGGAUGGCCACAGCUUCACUUGCCAUGGACGCUUUCUCGUGCAGUGUUCGUCAUGGUGCACUGACGACUGCUAUGGAACUGGUGGAGCAAGGCCGUGCCGUAUUCUGGACCCAGUUGGCACGCUUACGCUCACCGCUCGAUGAACUUUCCCUGUCCGGUGACACCGGCGCAGCCUUGGAGAAUGAGUUCAAGCAGCUUAGCUUUGGCCUUCGUAGCGCGCUUGAUCGGUCUACUGAAGAACAGUCCCCACAAAUCCGACAACUGACCAUGCAAUGGAAUGAUGUCGUCUCCCGCAUCCGCAAGCUGCCUGACUUUUCUCGGUUUCUCCUGCCUCCCCUUUUCUCCAACCUACAGAAGGCUGCUGAAGAAGGCCCUGUCAUCAUCGUCAAUGCAAGCCAAUAUGGCUGUGACGCCUUGAUUGUCUUCAGUGCACAAGAUCCUGUCCACGUUCGACUCGAUAUCCCGCAGACUGAAGUCUCCGAGUUGUCUUCGGAAUUUCAGUCCCUCGCAGAACAAUUUGGCUCUUCUGAUCGUCAAAACAAACUUGUCAGCAUCCUCCGCAAGCUUUGGGAUUGUGUUGUUGAUCCCGUGGUCCGAGCUCUUAGGGCGUCUGAAAUUCACCAUGGCUCGCGUAUCUGGUGGUGCCCCACUGCUGAGUUCACGCUUCUUCCUCUACAUGCAGCAGGACCGUACGAGAAGAACAAAAACAACUUAUCUGACAUUUAUAUCUCCUCUUACACCCCCACUUUGGCGACACUCAUCCGGGCGAGACAGCGGGUUUCUCAAGAGGUGUCCACACAACAUUUUGUUGCCAUCGGUCAAGCGAAUCCGGACAGAGGGAAGAAACUCUGUCAUGUCGCUCCUGAGUUAGCCAUCGUCGCUCGGCGUCUCAUGCCCCGUCGUUUCCUUCACAUCACUCGAGGAUAA